AUGGUUCUAUCUAUCUAUCUAUCUAUCUAUCUAUCUAUCUAUCUAUCUAUCUAUCUAUCUAUCUAUCUAUCUAUCUCUCGUAACCUAGAAAGUUCUAUCUAUCUAUCUAUCUAUCUAUCUAUCUAUCUAUCUAUCUAUCUGUCUGUCUGUCUGCUGAAAUUAUUUUUUAUUCUCCUUUUCUUUCACCACUCUCUCUCUCUCUCUCUCUCUCUUUCUCUCUCUCUCUCUUUCUCUCUCUCUCUCUUUUCUCCUUUUUGUCGCAAGCGUGACAAAAUGGCGGGGAGGCUCGUCAUAAGCUUUGAUGUUCAUUUCAAGACAAAAAAAAAUAUAGCAUCCACUUUUACACCCACUCUUGCAAUGUCGGACACUAGAAGUGUUCCUUCAGAUAUAGCAUCCACUUUUACACCCACUCCUGCAAUGUCAGCCACGAGAAGUGUUCCUUCAGAUGUAGCAUCCACUUUUACAUCCACUCCUACAAUGUCGGUCACAAGAAGUGUUCCUUCAGAUAUAGCAUCCACUUUUACACCCACUCUUGCAAUGUCGGCCACUAGAAGUGUUCCUUCAGAUAUAGCAUCCAAUUUUACAUCCACUCCUGCAAUGUCGGCCACUAGGAGUGUUCCUUCAGAUAUAGCAUCCACUUUUACAUCCACUCCUGCAAUGUCGGCCACAAGAAUUGUUCCUUCAGAUAUAGCAUCCACUUUUACACCCACUCUUGCAAUGUCGGCCACUAGAAUUGUUCCUUCAGAUAUAGCAUCCACUUUUACACCCACUCCUGCAAUGUCGGCCACUAGAACUGUUCCUCCAGAUAUAGCAUCCACUUUUACACCCACUUUUCCAAUGUCGGGCACUAGAAUUGUUCCUUCAGAUAUAGCAUCCACUUUUACACCCACUCUUGCAAUGUCGGGCACUAGAAGUGUUCCUUCAGAUAUAGCAUCCACUUUUACACCCACUCUUGCAAUGUCGGCCACUAGAUGUGUUCCUUCAGAUAUUGCAUCCACUUUUACAUCCACUCCUGCAAUGUCGGCCACUAGAACUGUUCCUUCAGAUAUAGCAUCCACUUUUACAUCCACUCCUGCAAUGUCGGCCACAAGAAGUGUUUCUUCAGAUAGAGCAUCCACUUUUACAUGCACUCCUGCAAUGUCGGCCACUAGAAGUGUUCCUUCAAAUAUAGCAUCCACUUUUACACCCACUCUUGAAAUGUCGGCCACUAGAAUUGUUCCUUCAGAUAUAUCAUCCACUUUUACACCCACUCCUGCAAUGUCAGCCACGUGA